GGGAGUCGACUGGUGGGCAUUUGGCGUCAUCCUUUAUCAAAUGGCCACGGGAUUAUAUCCCUUUUAUUUUGAUGAUAAUGAUGAUAACACCUUGAUCAACUCAGUGCUCUACCAAACACCAGAGUACCCUGAGAGGCUUAGCAUUACCACCAAAGACAUCUUACAAUUGCUACUGAACAAAUUCCCCACUUUUCGGGUGCAAAUGGUGGCAAACAUCAGAUCAUACGCCUUCUUUAACAGUAUCAACUGGGAAGAGCUUGAGGCUGGGAGAGUAGCCCCACCAUUUACCCUGGAAAGACCAUCUCUGGAGCAUUUGAACAGGAUUGCGGAGCAGAGCCCAUCGAUGCCAUCAACGGACCCCCAAGAGCCGCCUCUGUCUUCAAAAGAACAAGAGAUGUUCCGUGACUUUACCUUUGUGAGCCCCAUAGCGCUCACCGCUCUGCCCGCACCUGCUGCCCGCUGAGAUUUCAACCAAGAUGAACAUCAACAUGGUUGAACAAUGGACAAUUGAUAACCACCAAUAAAUAAACAUUCAAUUUGU